UUCUUCUAUUUUCUGCCGAGGAAAAGAAAGAAAGAAAAAAAAAAACAGCGCCCUAGAUUUGCUCUUCUUUGCUUCGGAAGAAAGAGAAAAACAAAUAACAAUGGCGUUCGCUUCUUUCCUCGGCAGAGUUCUCUUCGCUUCCGUCUUCAUACUCUCUGCUUACCAAGAAUUUAACGAAUUUGGAGUUGAUGGGGGACCUGCAGCAAAAGCACUCAGACCUAAGUUUGAUGCCUUUACACAUCGAGUGCAUUCUCAAGUUGGCUUUCAACUUCCUGAGAUUGAUCUGAAAUUUUUAAUUGCUGGGGCUAUUGCUCUGAAGGGCCUUGGAGGGGUUCUUUUCAUAUUUGGCAGCUCUUUUGGAGCUUUGCUUCUGCUCCUGCACCAGCUGAUUGCUACCCCAAUCCAUUAUGAUUUUUACAAUUAUGACAGUGAGGACAAAGAAUUUACUCAACUGUUCAUCAAAUUUACACAGAACAUGGCUCUUUUCGGGGCUCUAUUGUUUUUCAUUGGCAUGAAAAACUCCAUCCCUAGAAGGGUACCCAAGAAGGCUCCAAAGACAAAAACCUAUUAGUUUUUGCAGCAUUGGACCCCUUUCAUUGGGGGCUGUUGUUUCCUGGUUCUUCAUCAUAUCCUCUCCAAUCUGCCAGGAUUUUGGUUGAGUACUCUCUGGUUCAGAAUCAAUCUUCCUCCCUUUGAGCUUGGUAGUUUUGGCUUCACUUGGAUUAAAUUAUUGGCUAUUAUUAUUUUUGUAUGAUCUGUUAUCAUGGCGUUAGAAACUAUCUUUCAAUUGCUAAACUUGUCUUUCAAAAAGGAAAACAAAAGGAUGAGAAGCCUUUGCGCAUAAUCUUCAGAGUGUCACUUUCAUUCUGUUUUAUCUAUCUUGAUGUAAAGUCUUUGAAAGUCUGGCACGUGAUGUUAUUAUAUAACUCAACUUGAGUUCUCCACUA